AUGCCUGCCACCACCACAGUUCAACCUUCAGUUACAGCACACGUUCAUCCCCUUGUGUUGCUUUCAGCCACUGAUCACUAUAAUCGUGUUGCCAAAGAUACCAAGAAGCGUGUCAUUGGUGUCUUGCUUGGUCAAAACAAGGGAAAAGUUGUGAAUGUUUCCAACAGUUUUGCUGUUCCCUUUGAAGAAGAUGAAAAAGAUCCUUCUGUUUGGUUCUUGGAUCAUAACUAUGUUGAAGCCAUGAAUGACAUGUUUAAAAAAGUAAAUGCAAAGGAAAAGUUGAUUGGUUGGUAUCAUAGCGGACCCAAGCUUCGUUCUUCUGAUUUAGAAAUCAAUGAGCUUUUUAAGAGAUAUACACCUAACCCUGUGCUUGUUAUUAUUGAUGUCAAGCCUAAUGAUGCUGAAAUUCCUACUGAUGCUUAUUUUGCUAUUGAAGAAAUUAAGGAUGACGGUACAUCUACAACAAAGACAUUCAUGCAUGUUCCUUCAGAAAUUGUUGCAGAAGAAGCUGAAGAAAUCGGUGUAGAGCACUUAUUGAGAGACAUUAAGGACAAUGCAGUUGGUACUCUAUCUACUCGUAUUAAUUCUCAAUUGGGUUCUUUGGGUGGAUUACAAGGUAGAUUAGAGGAAAUUCGUGAUUAUUUACAGAAGGUCGUGAGUGGCAAAUUACCUGUCAACCAUCAAAUUAUCUAUAACUUGCAAGAUAUUUUCAAUUUGUUGCCUAAUCUCGAGAAUCAAGAUAUGGUCAACUCAUUUAGCACAAAGACAAACGACCAACUCUUACUGAUUUACUUGUCCAGUAUGAUUCGUGCUGUUAUUGCUCUUCAUAAUCUAAUCGACAACAAGAUUGAUAACCUUAAGAGUGAAAAUGCUUUGGAGUCAGCAGAAGAAGCAAAAGAGACAAAAGAAGAUGCUGAAGUUAAGGAAGCCACUGAAAAGACAGAUGAUAUGCAAAUUGAAUAA